UUCUCAUUUUCUGUAGAAGUCAGAGUCUCUCCAAACUCACCUACGCUCUCUUCAACUAACCUCCAUUCCCCAACGCCGACGACGGAGAGGCUCUGAUUUCGAAAUUCGGUGGAAACUUUUUCUUCUGUGCUCGACUUCGAUCGCAAUUCAUCUUCUCUACAUGGAAUCCACUACCGAGAAGCUUUCCCCCUUCGAUUUGAUGACUGCGAUCUUCAAAGGAAUGAAGCUCGACAAUUCGAACGCCUCCGCGGAUGCUGCUCAGCCCAACGUGGUGGCGAUGCUGAUGGAGAACAAGGACCUCAUGAUGAUGCUCGCUACCUCAGUCGCGGUGCUCCUCGGCUGCGCCGUCUACCUGAUUUGGCAGCGCGGCGCCGGAUCGGCGAAGAAGGCGGCGGAGCCGCCGAAGCUCGUGGUUCCGAAGAUGUUCUCCGAGGCCGAGGAGGAGGAUGAUGGGAAGAAGAAGGUCACCAUCUUUUUCGGGACGCAGACUGGCACCGCUGAAGGCUUUGCCAAGGCCCUUUCCGAAGAAGCUAAAGCUAGAUACCCGGAGGUCAACUUUAAAGUGGUUGACUUGGAUGAUUAUGCGGCUGAUGAUGAAGAGUAUGAGGAGAAGUUGAAGAAGGAGACUUACGCAUUCUUUUUCCUUGCAACAUAUGGAGAUGGUGAGCCUACCGACAAUGCUGCGAGGUUUUAUAAAUGGUUUGUCGAGGGAAGGGAAAAGGGAAACUUGUAUAAGAAUCUCCAUUUUGGUGUUUUUGGCCUUGGAAACCGGCAGUAUGAACAUUUCAACAAGAUUGCAAUAGUGGUGGAUGAGAUUCUCGCCGAGCAAGGUGGAAAGCGGCUUAUCCCUGUGGGUCUUGGAGAUGAUGAUCAGUGCAUUGAAGAUGAUUUUUCAGCAUGGCGCGAGAAUGUGUGGCCCGAGUUGGAUAAUUUACUCCGUGAUGAAGGUGAUGCAACAACUGUUUCAACUCCAUACACUGCCGCAGUUUUGGAAUACCGUGUUGUGUUUCAUGACCAACCAGAAGAAUUGGCAUCAGUGAAUGGCUUUGCCAAUGGUCAUGCCAAUGGCACUGCUGCCUAUGAUUCUCAGCAUCCCUACAGAGCAAACGUUGCUGUAAAGAAAGAGCUUCAUACCACUCUAUCUGAUCGCUCUUGCACUCACUUGGAAUUCGAGAUAUCUGGCAGUGGAUUAGAGUAUGAAACAGGGGAUCAUGUCGGUGUGUACUGUGAGAACUUGAUUGAGACUGUUGAGGAAGCCGAAAGAUUACUUGGUCUCUCUCCUGAAACAUACUUCUCAGUUCACGCUGAUAAAGAGGAUGGCACACCACUUGGUGGAAGUGCCUUGCCUCCUCCCUUCCCGCCUUGCAGUUUGAGGACUGCACUAAGCCGCUAUGCCGAUCUUUUGAGUGCUCCUAAAAAGUCUUCUUUGAUUGCAUUAGCUACUUAUGCUUCCGACCCUAGUGAUGCUGAUCGGCUUAAACAUCUUGCGUCCUCGGCUGGAAAGGAGGAAUAUGCACAGUAUAUCGUUGCUGGUCAGAGAAGCCUGCUUGAGGUCAUGGCUGACUUCCCAUCUGUCAAGCCUCCUCUUGGUGUUUUCUUUGCAGCAAUUGCUCCUCGCUUGCAGCCUCGAUUCUAUUCUAUCUCAUCCUCCCCAAAGAUCGCAACUUCAAGAAUUCAUGUCACUUGUGCAUUGGUGUAUGAGAAAACUCCCACAGGAAGAAUCCACAAGGGUGUCUGCUCAACAUGGAUGAAGAAUGCCGUGCCAUUGGAGGAAAGUCCCAACAGCUCUUCUGCAUCUAUUUUUGUUAGGACCUCUAACUUUAGACUCCCUGCCGAUCCUAAACUACCAAUUAUCAUGAUCGGCCCAGGAACUGGCUUGGCUCCGUUUAGAGGUUUCCUUCAGGAGAGAUUAGCUUUGAAGGAAUCUGGUGCAGAACUUGGUCCUGCUUUAUUUUUCUUCGGUUGCAGAAACAGAAAAAUGGACUUCAUUUAUGAAGAUGAACUGAACAACUUUGUUGAAGCUGGAGUGAUCUCUGAGCUCGUCCUUGCAUUUUCACGUGACGGACCUACCAAGGAAUAUGUUCAACAUAAGAUGGCACAAAAGGCCUCGGAACUGUGGAAUAUGAUCUCAGAAGGAGCCUAUGUUUACGUAUGCGGUGAUGCUAAGGGCAUGGCGCGUGAUGUCCACCGAACUCUCCACACUAUCGUUCAAGAGCAGGGCUCUCUGGACAGCUCAAAAACCGAGAGCUUUGUAAAGAAUCUGCAGAUGACGGGAAGGUACUUGCGUGAUGUAUGGUAAUAGUUGUUACGUACGGUGAUUAAUAAAAAGUCGGGAGGCUAUUAUACCAAUCGGCUUUGCACGAAGUGCCUUGUGAAUUACUAGGAAGGUAAUGUGCAAAGAAUUGCCUACUCAAAACCCAAGGGAUGCCUGAAGUGUUGUAAUCUUACUUUCUUGUCAUUCUUUACAACUAGUUUAUUAAGGGAUUUUUUUGUUCGGUUGCUAUGGAAUAUAAAUAUAUAUAUGUAUUACAUACAAAUAAUUACUGAAUUUUAUGCUAGUAAACGAUUUAGGUGAAGGUCCGUUGUAAUUUUAUUGAGCUGGGAGGAUAUGUGCAUCUGACUAAACAUGGUAAUUUUGCACUUAUAUAUAUUCUUUUCUUUUGUUUAA